CAAACGGAAAGCAGACUUUAAAAUAUGAAAGAGGGCUGAUGCGUCAUUUGUCUUACGGGAUUUGUAGGCCUAAUUUAGAAAUAAAUAAUAUGACGUGAUUAAUUUGAGCAAACGUGGAACUGUAGAAAGAUAAUAAAGACAACAGUAUAUACAGACAGUUACAAUACUGCGAUAUUUUUGAAGAGCCUUAAUGCUUCAAGGGUGGCAAAUCUGACAAAAAGAACUAGCCAUGGAUAGACCUUCGAAUGAACAGUUACAUGAUGGAGUUUUAUCACCCGCUAAACCAGUAUGUAUUGAACGUAACUCCGAUUCCGAACUCCACGAUUAUGGCAAAAGUUUGGCUCAUGCCAAAACGGAAGACGGACUUCCGGAAAUUGUUGAUCCAAGUAGUACAGUUGAGUAUCUCUCAAACAUCGAUAAUAUGGCCAUAGAUCUAUCUGGUCAUCAUCCUGAAAUGAGACCGUCUCUGCGACCGACAAGUUUGUUAUUAGAGGAAGAUGCGAUGGCAGACAUGCCCUCAUUACGUAAAAACAAAACAGCCCUGAGAAAUGCCCGCAAUGCAAAACAUCAAAAUGCGAGUAUAAUGGACUACAUCAAUUUAAGCAUGGUUAGCCCAGUUGUUGGUGAAACUAUGAGUGACUGGGUGAUGGUCCACCCACAGUCACUAACUCGCACUUACAGUAACUCAUCAGAGUUGGAGCGAGGUAAUAAAUGCAAGUGUAAAUAUUUCAAGAACAUUUGGGCAUUUUUCAUCGCAUUAUUAUUCUGUUGUUCACUCAUCGCUCUUAUAUUCUAUACAGAAGGAUACUUAGUUCCUGAAAAGAAGCCUAAUACAAACAGUAACGGGACCUCUUUUGGAAUUAAGCUAUUUGGGCAGAACGCUAGUUUUGACACUCCAAGGAACGAUACAAAUGCCGAGCGUCUGCCCGUGGUAGAAGCGGUAAAUCAUGCUCCAAAAAUAAUAUACCCACCGCCAGCAGGAGUUGCCAUCGCUCUUGGAAUUGCGUUUUUGAUCGCAUUGGCAGUUGCGAUGUCUCAACGUGCGCGGUGCAUAGCGCUUCUGACUCUACCAGGCAUCACGACAUCCCGAGGCAGAGCCAUCAUGUUGACAAUUAUAUUAAGACUUUUACCGACCGGUCCGAUCACAAACACAUUGGAUAAUGCAAAGAAAAUACCAGAAGCGACAUCGUGUCAGGUUAAAAUGUUGAGCCAAGAAGUCAGAUCGAUACAAUCAGCUCUCUUGGAGCGAGUUCAUGGCUACAGUAGGGAAUUCGAAGCAACGGUUAGACAAAUGUUUGCGUUGCAAAUUGAGACGUUAAAGAAAAUCAUCGAUGCUCCAAAACGACUUCUUGGGGACGCUUUCGGUGACAUCGGAAUCGAUGUUAGUGGCAUUAAUGCAAGUGUAAGAAUUCAUAACAUAACGCUAUUCGCACAUGAUUUAGAAGACUAUUCGAAUAAAGUCGAUGCAGAACGUUACUUUGAUCUCCCAAAUGUGACCGGAACCGAAAGUCUCGCCACAAUAGGUAGCAAACUAAACGCAGAGUUUGCCGAUAAGACAUAUUUCAUUCGUAGACUAUUAUCCAUUCUUGGAAGCGUCCUCUCUGUAUCGGUUGUACUUGUGUUGAUCCAGGCAUGCUGCUAUCAUCGUGGUUAUCAACGGCACCUUGAUUAUGACAACAUCUAUGUCACAUCUGCAUUCAAAGAACUGGACACCGAAAGGCGAUUUCAGAUGAAGAAGACACUGCUGCCAUUGCGGAGGAAGGAAAGGGCUCAAUACAUUGACUCGACAUCGUGUUGUCUGUCAGGCCAAGAAAGGGUGUCUGUCCUAUGGGGAUUAAUUGUUAUCCUACCAUUCUUGGCCGGUGCAGUUUUGUUGUGUUUGCUCGAUUUUGUGUUGUAUCGGACAUUAGAAGUGAUACGAGAAGAAGCAAAUGUUACGGUCGUCAUAGAUGGCGGCACUGGAUUUAAAGUCUCUCUCAAUGACACGAGUCCUCGCAUCAGUCAGUUACUGUAUCAAUCGGUCCCACUCUUAUUCAAAAGCAACUCUACAACAUUCGAUUACUUCAUGCAAAUUAAUACCGAACGAUGUCUUCCUGACCCCCUUCCUCCUUUUUAUGAAGACACUACGCGACUCGGGCACUUAAUCGCUAUGUUCGGGGGUAUUUUCAUUCUUACGAUACUUCAGUCCUAUGGAGCAAGACUCCAGCACAAGAUCGCAGCGGCCUACUACCCUGUUCCCUGUUCGAGAACAGCAACGGGUUGUAUACCUGUAUCACAAUAUGAUGACACAACGUGUCACGUUCGCACAACUCUUACUCGGCAAAUUCAUGAACAGAAACCAAUUCAAAGAAGAUGAUAUCGGAUUUCGAAGGUGGCUUGCGGCGAAAAGCCCAUGCCUAAAUCGAGUUAUGAAAGGACUCGGUAUGUUAACAGAUCACUCGUGCGUCAGCUGCAGUUCUAUGAGAAAUAUUCAACAAAUUGGAGAUGAGUGGUGUUGUCGAGUAUGUGUAGGACGGUUGGAUAAAACCAGCAAGUCAAUCAGCAAAUCACUAAGUUUGAAAAGAAGUCCUAAAUAUUCUACAUUGACAAAUGUUCGUAUUCAAAUGUAAAGCAGAACUAUGAAAA